CGAAGGACAAGGUGUCCGUCUUUGACCACCCCGGCGAGAGCGUCAUGCUCUCCAUUGCGUCCUUCUGCGACGUGCGCACUCCGUUCUCUGGCCUCUUCGCCCCUCUCCACUAGUCCCAUGUCGUCAGAAAGGGACCAUCUUGGGCAUGCACUCGACUGGAAGGCCUCUGCGGCGAGAUGCGCCGGCGCCCGGAGGAGCCACCUUUCAGCUGAUAUGGCUCUUUCUGCUGUGGAUAUGCUGCUGGGCGCCCGUCGGACAUGGCAUGACCGAUGAAGCCAUAUCAAUCCUUAGACAAGAAACUCGAGACAUAUUUUACCAUGGCUACGACAACUACAUGAAGCAUGCCUUUCCCGAAGACGAAUUGCGCCCACUCACUUGUGGGCCUCUCACGCGCGAUCGCCAGAAUCCCGCGCAUAUUGAGGUCAACGAUGUCUUGGGAAACUAUUCCCUGACGCUGAUUGACAGCCUCUCUACGCUCGCUAUCCUGGCAUCCUCCCCACCGCUAUCCAAACGAGGUCAUAAUAAAGCGUUGGGGGAUUUCCAGGAUGGUGUCAAGUUGCUGGUGGAGCAUUACGGAGACGGAUCAGAGAGCCCGACGGGGCAAGGGACAAGAGCGCGGGGAUUCGAUCUGGACAGCAAGGUGCAAGUCUUCGAGACGGUCAUUCGCGGCGUCGGAGGACUGCUAAGCGCACACGAAUUCGCGGUAGGAGAUUUGCCGAUUCGAGGCUACGACGCCAGGGUGCAAAAGAAGAAGGGAAGACGAGGCAUUUUCUGGCGCAAUGGGCUGGUGUACAAUGGCCAAUUACUCCGACUGGCUACGGAUCUCGCUGAAAGGCUGAUGCCUGCUUUCCACACUCCGACUGGUCUCCCGUACCCGCGCGUGAACCUGCGCCACGGCGUUCCCUUCUACGCCAAUUCCCCGUAUAAUACUGACGCGGAGCACGGCCAAUGCAACAAGGAUCCGAACGAGAAGGGAACCGAGAUCACGGAGACAUGCAGUGCUGGAGCGGGAAGCCUUGUCCUGGAGUUCACUACCCUCAGCCGCCUGACUGGAGACCCCCGUUUCGAGAUUGCCGCGAAAGAGGCUUUCUGGGCCGUGUGGCAGCGCAGGAGCAGCAUUGGGUUGAUUGGCGCGGGCAUUGACGCGGAAACAGGGCAAUGGGUGUCUCCAUACACAGGCAUCGGUGCCGGCAUAGACAGUUUCUUCGAAUACUCCCUCAAGUCGCACAUCUUGCUCUCCGGAUUACCCUAUAAUCCUGAGAAACUAGAGACGGAUUCUCCACAAGCAUUCCUCCGGGCAUGGGAGGAUGCGCACGAUGGGAUCAAGCGACACGUUUAUCGCGGCGCACAGCAUCAACAUCCGCACUACAUCCAGGUCGACCUUUACACGGGCGCAAUGCGGGCAUUCUGGAUCGACAGCCUCAGUGCAUACUACCAGGGCCUCCUCGCUUUGGCUGGAGAGCUUGAGGAAGCAAUUGAGACUCAUCUACUCUAUACCGCCCUUUGGACACGUUAUUCCGCAAUGCCUGAGAGAUGGUCAACCGCGACCGGCAACAUCGAGAGCGGUCUCCGAUGGUGGGGUGGCCGGCCGGAAUUCAUCGAAUCGACUUGGUACUUGUAUCGAGCGACCAAGGACCCAUGGUAUCUCCACGUUGGAGAAAUGGCUCUCCGAGACAUCAAACGGCGAUGCUGGACCAAAUGCGGCUGGGCCGGGCUACACGACGUCCGCACGGGAGAGCUGAGCGAUCGCAUGGAAAGUUUCUUUCUCGGUGAAACUGCAAAGUACCUCUUCCUGCUGUUCGAUCCGUCUCAUCCGCUCAACACCUGGGACGCGCCAUUUGUCUUCACCACUGAAGGUCACCCUUUGAUAAUACCCAAACGCCUGCGGCCCUCUAAGUUCGUCCAAAGCAGUGCACCCACUCCUGACUGGGAACCUGCUCCUGGGGUGUGCCCUCUUCCACCGGCCCCUGUGCCUUUCAGCAUAUCGGCCACCGCUGCUCGACCCGACAUCUUCCACGCCGCAAGCCUUGCGAAACUGCACCUCAUGCCAACGAUCGAGACGCUUGAAUCGCCUCUCGUAGAGUUCAGCGCUGAUCACCCUAGUAUAUCCGUUUCGGAUAUCCGCUCCCCUUCCAAUUAUACCUAUUAUCCGUGGACUCUUCCCCCGGAGCUGGUCCCUUACAACGCGAUGAGCUCGAAGAUGGCAGUACGCACUACCUUUGACCUCUCAUUCCCUAAUAUGCCGAACACCUUACAAAUGGGCACCCUACAAAGGGUGCAGGAAGGAAUCCUCGUAAAUUCUAUGAGCGGGCUUAGGCUCGGCAUGGUGCGUGAGCCGGAAGCUUUUCCGGAUGAGCAAGAGGUCACACUUGACGACCAAUUCCGCAUCUAUGCAAUCUCAAACGUUGCUCUUGGCCGUGAUGAGAAAGUAUACAUGUCGCGCUCGACCAUCGAAAGCUUUAACCCUCUAGAUCCUUUCUUUACUCGCACGCGUGAUCCCUCGACUUUGGAUCUCGUCAUUGACGUCCCUCCUCAGCCAGUGAUGAGCUCGUCUUCAGGAGCGCUUUCCGACCUUCUCGAAGAUGCUCUUGGAGGAAUGGGUAAUUUGUCUAAUAUGGAAGUCUUCGAGAUGGAGGUAGGGCCGGAGGCGCUAGAAGAUGGUUCGUCUUACCUGUCCUCACUACUUGCCUCGCUACAGUCACUCCUCUCCGCGCCAUCUUCGACAACCUCCCCCUCAUCGUCUUCUACCCCAAAACCGAAAGAGCAGCAAACACAGCGUCUUUCUAUCCAGGCCACGCUUCCUAUCGGCCCUGGCUCCGCACCGCUUCCAGAUGUGCCUGAUCCGGACCUCACAUACAGUGCGUCGGAUCCCCUUAUGUGGUCGGGCAUUUACAUCCACCCUAACACUCUAUGCGAUGAGCGUUUGCACAUAGACAUUCCCCGCAACCACCAGGUUAUCGUCAUCCCACGCGGUGGCUGUUCUUUCUCGACUAAGCUACGAAACAUCCCGGCGUAUCCGCCGAAGGGUGGAUCACUGCAGCUCGUGGUUGUUGUGAGCUAUCCGGAGCAUGAAGAACUACGAUACGACUUCGCUACCCGUGAGAGUACGGAGGAUGAAGAAGUGAUCGAUGAAGAUCCGAAGGAAGGGAGCAGGAACAGCAGGAUGGGCAAGCGGGCAGAUAAAGAAAACACCGUGGAUCCUGCCGCCGAGCAGCCCCAGAGUGACACUCAAAAGGAGAGCACCUCGGAUACGCAACCUCGCUCAAAAAUGUCUUCUAGGAAAACGCCACACUUUGCACAACGGCACGAAAUGAACCCCCUCGUCCAACCUCUGCUGGACGAGCAGCAGUUUACUCCGUCCGGCCUGCCUCGUCCAAACCCAAUACCGCUCAUUAUGAUCAGCGGCGGCGAAGAAACAAUGGCGCUCUUGAGGAGAGCGAAUGGCAUAGGCGUGCGGCGGAGAUACUAUUUCCUUAGCCAAGGAGUGAAGAUAAGCAACCUGAUCGUUCUAUAGACGACUUUAACCAGCAGGGAUGGUAUCUGUACGAGCUAUGUAUAUACAAAGAAAGCAGGCGUUUCUUGGAACUCGCAUUGGGAUAGAUAGAGGGCAUGGGUGGGCUCUUUGUCGAUACCUUAGGAAUGCUCCAUUUAAAUGUGC